AAAAUUCAUUUACAUAGCAGUGAUGGAUUAUUCACCUCAAUUCUUGUUCACUCCAAAAAUCAAGUAUUGGCCUGUUAUAGAUGACGCGCUACGAGUAGCAGCCAUAGAACAUUCUGUAAAGGUGCGAUUGCUUAUUAGCCUAUGGAACCACACGAAAUCAUCUGAGGACCACUUUUUAAAGUCCCUUGUGGCUUUAAACAAUGUCCAUUCGAAGGUAUCUAUAGAAGUGGGUUAUUUUGUGGUUCCUGCAAAUAACAGCCAGCGAAAAAUACCGUAUGCUAGAGUGAAUCACAAUAAAUAUAUGGUAACCGAUAAUACGGCUUAUGUAGGCACUUCAAAUUGGUCGGCAGACUACUUUACAGACACGGCAGGUGUUGGUCUUAUAAUGCACGAUCCCGAAUUACAUCGUAACGAGACCGAAAAUACAAUACGUAAAGAGUUAGAAGCUGUGUUUGAGCGUGAUUGGAACUCUAAUUAUACAAUUUCUAUAUUACAAACAUGUAAUGAGUAAAGUGCCUGUAGAGCAAUGUAAAAGCGAUAAUAAAUAUUUGAGUGUUA